AUGACAACUGCGAGCAAGUGGGAGUCAUCUGCCUGUCGAAACACCCAAAUCUGUGGUCCUAAAGUAGGCACCUGGCCAGCUGAAUAUUUCCGGGAUCCACUGCCUUUCAAUCAGCCGAGUCCUGUUGCUCAUGGACCGUCGGAGGGCUCUUGCUUGGAGUAUGUGUCCGAGGGCUCUGGUUGGCCUGAAGCGGGGAGGGCUGUGGGCCGGGAACACCUUCCUGGCUACCAGGUGACAGGCGUCUUUAUGAAGAACUGGGACCCUCUGGACGAGCAAGGAGCUUGCUCCAUCGACAGAGAUUGCGAAGAUGCUUACCGGGUUUGUCAGAAGCUCGAUCUUCCUUUUCACCAGGUUUCCUACGUGAAGGAAUACUGGAAUGAAGUAUUCAGUGACCUCUUAAAAGAGUAUGAAUUGGGAAGGACUCCUAAUCCUGAUAUUGUGUGUAACAAGCACAUCAAAUUCAACUACUUUCUUCAUUAUGCUAUGGAUAACCUUGGAGCAGAUGCAAUUGCUACUGGGCAUUAUGCUAGGACCUCACUAGAGGAUGAGGAAGUGUUUCAACAGAAACAUAUUAAAAGACCACAAAGGCUUUUCAGAAACCGUUUUGAAGUUAGAAAUACUGUGAAACUCCUUCAAGGGGCUGACCUCUUUAAGGACCAGACCUUCUUUCUAAGUCAGAUCUCGCAGGAUGCUUUGAGGAAAACGAUUUUCCCUUUAGGGGAUUUAACAAAAAGUUUUGUAAAGAAGAUAGCAGCAGAACACGGCCUUCAUCAUGUGCUAAAGAAAAAAGAGAGUAUGGGAGUCUGUUUCAUUGGUGAAAGAAACUUUGAAAAUUUCCUUCUUGAGUAUUUAGAACCUCAACCAGGUAACUUUGUUUCCAUUGAAGAUAAGAAGGUGAUGGGAACACACAAAGGUUGGUUCCUCUACACAAUAGGCCAGAGGGCUAGACUAGCAGGCCUGAAGGAUGCUUGGUUCGUUGUAGACAAAGAUGUCAGCACUGGAGAUGUCUUUGUGGCACCAUCAACAGAUCACCCUGCUCUGUACAGAGACCUAUUGCGGACAAACCGAGUGCACUGGAUAGCAGAGGAACCUCCUGCAGAGCUCGUUAGAGAUAAAAUGAUGGAAUGUCAUUUCAGGUUUCGGCACCAGAUGGCACUGGUGCCUUGUGUGCUGACUCUAAACCAAGAUGGGAGUGUGUGGGUGACGCUAGUGAAGCCAGCAAGAGCUAUCACACCUGGGCAGUUUGCCGUGUUCUACAAGGGUGACGAGUGUUUGGGCAGUGGGAAGAUCCUAAGGAUGGGCCCAUCGGUGUAUACCAUGCAGCAGGGCAAAAACCGACAGGAGGGUCCAAAGAAGGAAGAGAUUGACAAGAUAGAACCAGCAACGUAACACAUGGGUUUGUUUAUUGAAGGACUUUGGAGAAUUUGCUGCCUGUGAAUAAUAAAAACAAUAAUAAACAUAUUUUUUGUUGAUCUGUAUGUUCUAAAGGUCAGUUGAGCAUCGAGCCCCAGCUCUUGACUGCUAGCACUGAACAGGUUUAAAACUAUAGCCAGUUUGGUACAAUUUUACUGGACUGGAUAGUGAUAUUUAUGUUAAUACAUAUCAAGGGAUGUCUUACAGUUGUUCUGUAAUAGUAGUUACACAUACAAGAAUUUUAAUAUAAAAAUCAUGUCUGAAAUCAUAAAUCUAUCUUUUAUGCGUAAGUGAAAUACUUUUUUUUUUUCUUACGUGAAGAUACCUGUCCCUAGGUAAAGUACAUAUGUUGUUUUACAGUAAAUGUAUGUUUGUGCUUUGAACUCUGGAAAAGGAAUGAAUGAUAUUUAAGUUCAGCAUUUUGAAUGAACUCCAAGCAACAGAUAUUUAUUUUUCAUUUUAUAUAGUUUUAUAAGAAAUGCUUUGGAUUCUUAAGCUGUAUUAAGUAGUGGUUUCAGACGUUUACGUAAUUCAGAAUUACAAAUCUAGGGGCUUAAAAACAGUCUUGAUUGUUAAAUUUUUUCACAGAACUGACUAAUUUUUUAUUAACUGCUGAGGGCAGAGGCUGUUUGGUUUGUCUCCUGGAGAAGAGAAUGCAUUGUUGUGCUUCAGAAAAAUGCACAUUCAUAUGCAUUUCCGUAUUAUGUAGCUAAUUUAAUAUAGACCCAAUAAUAAUUUGAUCUUGCCAUGUGUCAAAAUGGAGUGGUAUUAGGAAGAGCUGAAUAGCCCUGUCCAAAUUAUCUAUGUUUAUAAGGAUUGGGUGCAUAUUGAGGACACCCUAAGCUUGUAAUAAAACUUUAUUACAGCAAGUCAACAAAAAUGAAUUCCUGUCUUUUCAACAUGGUAGUAGAAGGUAACUGUCCCUAAAGUACAGCUGUGCAGGAGCAGGACUUUCCAGAUGGGUGUCGAAUUUUGAGAUUUGCAUCCAAUUUGGGUGGGAGCAAAGCUGUACCAUGAAUAGAUCUUUUCAGGAGAUACGAAGGCUUGGAUUACGUGUACAUCCUUUUCUGUUGUCUUAGUGUCUUCUAAGAAUUCCUUUUAUUUAUUCUGGUAAGAAAAGUAAAAGGUAGUCUCUUUUCUUCAAAGUGUGGAAGUAAAAAGGGGAGAAGACACUCUUCAGUGUCUACCUGCUAGUCUGGUAAAGUUAAACACACAGUUCAGGGAGCCCUAUGGAAAAAAGCUAGACUGUUAAAAUCUUACGUAUUUGAUAUUACAGCAGAUCUGCUUGAGAGGGGAAAAAAGCCAUCCUUUUUCACUGGUGCCAAAAUCAAUUCAAUUUAAAAGUCUGUCUUCAGAGUGCCUAUCCAUGCCCAGAUUAACUGUAAAGACUAUUCAUGCUUCACAUCAACUCCUGAUUUGUGUUAGGUUAGUUGUGUUUUGGGUCCUGGUCAUGACUUUCAUGUGGUUUUCCUAAUGUUUUCCUUAUCUUUCCUGAAACUUUUGUCUUUGCAAAAUGUGGAAUUAAUUACUAAGGAGUUAAUGCUCCAUGUUGUCCUCAUCUGAGUUAUCUAGUAAAUGUCCCAAUUAAAAUAUUCAUAAAUGUUUUGUGU